AUGGGGUGUGGAGCAAGCACUUCUCAGGUGCACCCGAUGCCGUCUGGAGUCCUGCCGUCAUUUGACGAUCUCGUCUCAGCUUCGCAGCAGCAGGCCAUCUCUGAAGCGGACUCGCAGAGUGGGCAUCGUGGGCAUGGCUUUGGGAUUGUGAAGAGGAGGAAGGCACGGCCUUCCGGCCUUGUGGAUUCCUGCUCUGAGCGCACGCUCAUCGCUCCAGAGGAAGACGAGACCGAGGAUGCCAAGCCCAACUGGUCUUCUUGGGACUCAAGCAACUGGAAGACGAGUCAUGCAGUGAAGGGUGCGCCAUUGCCACCGGAUCGCCGACUGCACGAUCGACAUCUUACGAUUUUGGAUCAGUUCCAGAAGGAUGUCGAGCAAGAGCCGAUGUUGUUUACCAAGAUCGUCGAAUCCUCCCGUUAA